CAGAGCUCCUCAAAUUCUCCAAUCACAAACAUAAACAUGGGUUUGGGAAGCACCGUUUUAUACAUCCACUCAGGGAUUCUUCUGUUUCUCUAUGGGCCGUUUCUAGGAGCGAUGGGAGAUGAAAUGAAUGGCUAUGGGGAUGAACAACUAAGCAAGGCCAUCCUGGAGAUGCUACACAUUAACAAACUGACAGUACCUCACAGGACCAGGCCUCACCCCUACAUGAAACUAGUGUACCAGUUCCUUGACUCACCAGCUACCAGAGAUUUAACAAAUUUGGAAGGAACCCUGGUCCAAAGCUUCAGAAGUAUCCAAGAUCCAAAAUAUGGUACCCCAGGCUGGAUUUGGUUCAAUGUCUCUUGCCUGAAACCUUCAAUGAAAAUUGCAGAGUUGGUGCUGUUGCGUAAAACCCUCCACCCGGAGCCUCUGACAGUCAACGUGGCUGUGCACAGCAUCUUCGUGGUGGGCAACAGUACAGUAAGUGAGCCUCUGGAUGAAAAGGCAUUGACUCUAGAUGAGCUUCCCUCAUCUGGUUAUGACAUUUUCAAUGUCUCUGCGGUCCUUGGUCAAAGAGUCGCUGACAUGGUGGGCUUUCAAUUCCGCUACACUGAUGAAAGUGGGAGCUUGGUUUUGCAUGAGGCUUUGACCCAGAGCCUUUACUGCCUGAACACAAGUUCUCAGAAUGAACCCCUGCUGGUUGUCUACCAGUUUCACCAGCAUGACCCUAGUGGAACCCCAAGGACUCCUGAUGGGAGGCAGCAACAGCAUUGCAGAAUAACCAGAAGUAGAAGACAACUGCUCCAAGAGCCUGCUUAUCAAGAGACCUCUUCCUUAGAGUGCAGACUCCUUCAGCACUAUGUCAACUUCCAUUCUAUAAGGCUGGAUCGUUGGAUACUUGAACCACCUGGGUUCAAUGCAAGCUUCUGCAAAGGUUUUUGCUACCCCACAAAACCUGUAGCAAGCCAAGAUGCUGAACAAGGCAUCCGCAGGACAGCAGGCAGUGUAAACUGGACAGCCAACGUGCCUCUCUGUACCCCACAGGGACUAAAGCCAGUAAGUGUGAUGUAUGUCUCAGAAUCAGAAGAUAUCAUCAUCGAAAACCUGAAGGACAUGAGAGCAGAAAACUGUGUGUGCAUGCUACAGCCACUUCAGUGAUACCCGAGGACACUGUGUAGUGACUUAAAAAGAAGUGCCCUUUUCUGAACUUGAAAAAUAGAUCAAAUUGCAUUCACAAUUCAGCUGUUCUUAAAUUUAGAAAAAUUGUUCUUUGUUGUUCCCCAAAUUUUUCAAUUUCCUCUUAUGCACUUUCCCAGUUUACUAAACAUAAGCAAAAGUAUUAUGCAUUUGAUUUAACUUCAUGAAUUAGAAUCUUGCAUGCACCUGCCAUGUCAAUUUAAAUACUGCAUCAAUCUAUCUCAGUUUAUGACAUCUUCUGUCUACAGCUUUUGAAUUGUUUAUAUAACCACACAAACCCCAACUCAACAUUUAUACUCAUACUUUAUUAUCACUUUAUAGAAGCUUAAUAAUGUUGGUUAACAAAGCAUUAUGUUGUGGAGUAUAUUGCUAUAACAACAUUUGCAUUAUAAAUACUUUUACAUGACAUAUUAUAAGCUGUUUAUGAUAUCUGCAAUAGUUCUGAGUGCUGUUUCUUAAGUAUUGCUUUGUAUUCUUUUAUUUUCUGCUGCCCUUGGAAAGCUGUUUUGAAAAGCUAUGCUCCUUUGUUAAAUACAUGUUAUCUGGUAAAACAAAAACACUCCAAAACAAUCACAUUCUGUCAGUUAUUCAGUAUAUAAUCUUAGUACAAUAACAACUGGACAGUAAAUUAUAAGGUAUACAGAGAGUGUUACAACAAUACUGACUGAAUUGGCAUAAAAUGACAAUGCAAAAUUGGUGGGUGGUCAAACAAAAUAUAAACACGCAUAUAUUAUGUCUACAGUAUAUCUUCUUUACAGGGACAAUGCUGGUAAGGAGGUUGCCUUUUCAAAAAAAAAAAAAAUAUCAAUCACGUUUCUAAUUCAUAAGAAUAAAAAUCUAUAUUUGUGGUUGUGGCAGGGUGAGGAGACUCAGAAAGACUCAGAAAAUGCAGAAAAUAAAAUACUUUUAAUUCAAUAAUAAUCAACACACAAAACAAAAGGGCACA